AUGUUUGUCGUUUUCUUUUUUGUUUCUUUCUUUCUUUCUUUCUUUCUUUUCUUUCCUUUGCUUUCUUUCCCUUCUUUUCGUUCUUUCUUUCUUAUGCAGAAGUCUAUAUUUUCUUUAUCAUUUUUUCAUUCUUUUUCCUUUCUUUUACAUUCUUUCUUUCUUUCUUUCUUUCUUUCUUUCUUUCUUUCUUUCUUUCUUUCUUUCUUUCUUUCUUUAUUUCUUUCUUAUCCAAAACUUGAUCAUUUCUUUAAUUUUCUUUCUUUCCCUUCUUUUCGUUCUUUCUUUCUUAUGCAGCAGUCUAUAGUUUUCUUUAUCAUUUUUUCUUUCUUUUCCAUUCUUUCUUUCUUUCCUUUUUCUUUCUUUCCUUUCUUUCUAUUUUCUGCUUCUUUUUCUUUCUUUGUUUCUUUUCUUUCUAUUUUCUUCUUUUUCUUUCUUUCUUUCUUUCUUUCUUUCUAUUUUCUUUCUUUUCCUUUCUUUUACAUUCUUUCUUUCUUUCUAUUUUCUUUCUUUAUUUUCUUUCUAUUUUCUUCUUUUUCUUUCUUUCUGUCUUUCUUUCCUUUCUAUUUUCUUUCUUUUCUUCCUCAUUUUGUUUCUUCUUUCUAA